AUGGACGGAUAUUAUCGUGGGUCUGGGCGUUUCGAUCGCAUUAAUCAAGAUGAAGUACCAGAGAGUAAACAUACUAUUUUUAUACGCGGUCUCCCCGGUUAUGUAAAGACGGACGAAGUAAAGGAUUUUUUUGAGGACCAUAUCGGACCUUGCUCCUUCGAUUUCAUUAAAAUUUCGCCGGAUCAACUCAAGCUUUUUGUGGCUGUUCGCUUCGAAACUCGAGAGGCUGCGAAAGAAUGCAUGAACAAGUAUAGGGACAGUGAAGUGCUUGGACAUUCUGUUGAGCUUUCUUGGUUUAAGGAUAUUCGCAGAUAUGUGUCCUAUCAACAAAGUCAAGGAGCUCGAACGACCAAUUCUUCUCGUUCGCGAUAUGGAAGUAGCCGGAGUCAGGCCACUGGCGGCCGAGGCAGCUAUGAACGUUCUUCUAGGAAUGAGUAUAGAUGUAAUCGGUACAGUCAUCAGAAUUCUGUUUAUUUGAAUUUUAUUUCUUGGCUAAUACCAGAAAUUAAAUUAAAAUUGGAUGUCUUUUCAAAUGUGAUCGUGACUUUGUUCACUGAAAGAAUUGGUCUUUACUUCGUCUAUGAAAAGUUGUUUUUCCAUGUUGGAACUAAUGAAAGGUUUACGAUUAUGUACCGCUUCAUUUACGAAAUGACGAUGAUGACGCAAAAAAAAGAUUUAGUUCGAGAGAAAGACGUUCACAAUGUUGCUUGCUACGAAAAAUUCUGCUUUUUGUAUAAAACCACUGCACUAGCGAGCAGCAGGGAAUCUCUAAAGAUGUAUUAUCCGCUAUUUGAAAUUUGCUUUAGUUCUUCUUCUCCGUCAAGCAGAUCGGGGCGUAAUUCUUCUCCCGAGCGUUCCAGUUCUGCGUCUAGUCGUCAUUCUAAAGAAAGUAAAAAAAGGUCACGUAAUGAUUCGAAUGUGUCCCCAUCCUCUACAAAUAAUCGUUCUGUGGCCUCACCAACAAUGCAACAGACACAGUCAAAACAGACUGUCGAGACGCCAGAAAUUGGAGGAUUUUAUUCAAUAACGUCUGUAAAAGCUUCUGCUGUUGCUUUGACAUCUUCUCCACUCGCAGAAACAACCGUAGCAGGAGAAAAGCAAGCUACACUUCAGGAUGUAAAGAGCAAGUCUACGUCUCCAUCUGCUGAUAAGAAACAACGCAAAGGAAAGAAGGAGAGGAAGAAGAAACGGAAACGUUCCCCAUCUUCUUCAAAUUGUAGCUCAGAUGAAAAUCGAAGUUCUGAGGAAUUGACUGAGGAAGAACUUCGUAAAAAAAUUUUGAAGAAAAGGCAACGUUCUCUACGUACUGCUGCAGAAGGUUGCGGUUUUGCUAGUAGGUUGGAAUUCGUGAGGGAUUUGUGGUUCUUAUUUGUAAUUAACUAUACUUUAGGAGAAAUGAAGUACGAUGAUGAUUCUGCAACAAAACUGGCUGAAAACCAACUGGCAGGAGAUACGCGUACUGGGACAGUCACCUUGCAAAAUACAACGCUGAAAUUCGGACUAGAGAGCAGCGACGACAUACCAAAAAAGAUCGUGAAAGACAGCACAGGAGGCCAACCGCUUGCGAAAUUUGGAACUUUCAAAAAUGCCAUUGAUGUGCCGUUUUCUUGUUAUGAACAGGUACGAUAUGGAAAUCCUGACAAGACAAUAAACAGUGCUACUGCGUUAGAAAGUAAUGGAAGUAAAGCGGAAAGUGCUACAAAUAGUAUACCCCUUGAGCCUUCAGUGGUGGGCGAGAAAGAUGUCGUUUUAGGAAAAAGGUUAAACACAAGUAAAGCUUCAACGUCUCGAUAUCUCGAUGACUUUGGUCUUCACAUGAUAGUAUUCUUCGCAAGUUCACUUAUAAAUUUGCAGAAGUUGGGAGCUAUGCAUGAAGAUUCCUCUUUGGAAGCAAAAAGAUCUCGGUUAGAAGAGUUAGAUGAGACAGCACAGCCGUCAGGUUUACGACUAAGUUCGUUUACUCGUCAAAUACUGGAGGAGUCAGAGCGAGAAGGCAAGUUGGAACGAUUACCACCAGAGCUUUUGUCUAAAUUUAUAGCUAAGAAAAGGCAGUUUGACGGGGAUAGUUUUUUUUCUGGUAAGGAGAAAGAAGAGAGAAGUUUUUGUGAGGUUUGGGAAUUUUCCUUUGAAGCUUUUUUUGAUCUUCGCAGUAAGGGAAUAAAGAAGACAUUGGCUUUCAAAAGUGACUGUGAAACAUUUAACUUUGUGGCGAAAAUGCUGAUCCAAAAAGACCCUACACUGAAAGGGCGAAUUAGAGUUGCGCUUAGUGAAGUGAUGAAAGAAAUGGAAGAUGAGUUCUCGAGAAAAACGGACGAGUACCUCAACCAGCUGAUUAGUUUUUAUGAUUCCGUUUAAGU